CCAGGGAGGAAGCCUGAAGAUGGCCGGCUCCAAUUGUCAAGACACGGUCUGUGUAAGUUGUCGCUUCUGCCUUUGACACAGGGGACUUCCAGGGGUCAGUGACGUUCAGGGAUGUGGCUGUUGACUUCUCCCAGGAGGAGUGGGCCUGCCUGGAUGCCACUCAGAGGGUCUUAUACAGGGACAUGAUGCUGGAGACCUACAGCCACCUCGUCACAGUGGUGGGAAGCUGCGUUUCCAAGCCAGAGCUGAUCGCCUUGUUAGAGCAGGGCAAAGAGCCCUGGAUGGUUGUGAGGGAAGAAGCAGACAGGCCGCGCCCAGAUUUGGAGGCAGAUUAUGAUGCUGAAACUAUAUCUCCAGAAAAUCAUAUUUAUAAUAGAAAUUUACCCAAACAAAGCAUACAGCAAUUAAGUAAAACUUAUGACCUCAAAGGCGCUAGUUUUAGUAAUGGCCCCAACUGUAGAACAUCCAGGGGACCACAGGGCUAUCAAGAAGGAGACGCUGAUGAAAAGAUUAGUAACAGGGAACCAAUGGCUCCUCACACCUGCCGGACCCUUACUCACAACAUAGGAAAAGCACAUGAAUGUAAAGAGUGUGGGAAGUGCUUUGGCUGUAGGUCCACCCUCACUCAGCAUCAGAGCAUUCACACUGGAGAGAAACCCUAUGCGUGUGAGGAGUGCGGGAAGGCCUUCAAUCGGUUCUCCAACCUUGUUGGUCAUAGGAUUAUGCAUGCUGAUGUGAAACCCUAUGGCUGUAGUGAGUGUGGGAAAGCCUUCAAACGUCGAUCAAACCUCGUUCAACAUAAAAAAAUUCAUUCUGGUGAGAGACCCUUUCAGUGUAAGGAGUGUGGAAAGGGCUUCAUUGCUCUGGCUCAGCUCACUCGGCACGAGAAUGUUCACACUGGAGAGAAGGCAUUUGAGUGUGAGGAAUGCGGGAAGGCCUUCAGACUCCCCCAACAGCUUGGAAGGCAUCAGAAAUCUCACAGUGGUGAGAAACCUUUCAAAUGUGAUGACUGUGGGAAGGCUUUUCAUCUUCCCGAGCUGCUUAAGUACCACAAAACCAUCCACACAGGCACGAAACCAUUUGAGUGCAGGGAGUGCGGGAAGGCCUUCAAGCGUGUGUCCAACCUUGUAGAACAUAGAAUCAUUCAUGCUGAUGUGAAACCGUAUGAGUGUAGUGAGUGUGGGAAAGCCUUCAAACGUCGCAAAAGCCUCCUGCAGCAUCAGAAAAUUCAUUCUGGUGACAGACCCUUUCAGUGUAAGGAGUGUGGGAAGGCCUUCAUUGUGCUGACACAGCUGACGCGGCACCAGAGCGUUCACACUGGAGAGAAGGCAUUUGAGUGUAAGGAAUGCGGGAAGAAAUUCAGUACUAGCUCACACCUUGUUCAGCACCAGAGUAUUCACACCGGUGAGAAGCCCUUUGAAUGUGAUGUGUGUGGGAAGGCUUUUCGGCUUCAGGCAUGCCUUUCUGAGCAUCAGAAAACUCACAUUGAAGAGAAACCUUUUAAGUGUAAGCUGUGUGGCUCAGCCUUCAGGCGGAAGUACCAGCUCAGUGAACAUCAGAGAAUUCAUACUGAUGAAAAGCCCUAUCAGUGCAAGGAAUGUGGAGAGCUGUUUCGUCGAAGGUCCAAUUUAACUGAACAUCUAAGUAUUCACAGUGGAACCAAACCCUUCGAGUGUAAAGACUGUGGGAAGUUGUAUAGACUUAAUAAACUUCUCAUUCGUCACCAGAAGUCUCACAGCGGUGAACGACCUUUCGAAUGUAAAGACUGUGGAAAGGCUUUUCACCUUCCCAGUGAACUUAAUAACCAUAAAAUUGUCCAUACAAGUACAAAACCCUUUGAGUGUAAGGUAUGUGGGAAGUCCUUCAAGCGUGAAUCCAGCCUUGUUCAACAUAGGAUUAUUCAUGCCGGCGUGAGGCCAUAUAAAUGUAACGAGUGUGGGAAAGCUUUUAUUCAUCACUCAAACCUGCUGCACCAUCACAAACUUCACUCUGCCGAGAAGCCCUUUGAGUGUAAGGAGUGUGGCAAGGCCUUCGUUGUCCUGGCAUACCUCACUAGGCACCAGAGCAUCCACACUGGAGGGAAGUCAUUUAAAUGUGAGCAGUGUGGGUCAGCCUUCAGACUUAAGUCCCAACUCAGUAAACAUCAGAGAACUCACACUGAGGUGGGGCUGUUUGAGUGUGUGGACGGGGGAGAGGGCGUUGUCCAUGGAGCAAACCUUCAAGUUCAACAUGGAAUCCAUACUGGUGAGGACGCCUUCCCGUGUAAGGAGUACGGAGAAGCCUUUCAAUAUCACUACCCAUUUUCUUGGACAUUUUAGAAUUCAUC